AUUCCAAUCACAAAAAUGGAGGUAGGUUCCACACUGCACUUGAAGAAGCUGAACCUCCUCCUCCUCCUCCUCCUCUUAACUCACCAUGGUGCUGUGGCGGCGGCGGCACAGUCGCCAAUGCAACCAGCAGCGUCACGUACCACCGUAUGGGACGUAACUUCCAUCUGUGUCAUCAUCGGAGCCAUAAUUAUAACUUUCCUCGUGGUCGCCGCCUUCUCAAUGCUCCUCCACCGCUGCGUCCAGUCACAACGCAACGGACAGUGGCCGUACUGUCCACCGGGCGGUGGUGUUCGCCCUGAUAUCCUCCAAACAUUCCCCACCUUCGUCUACUCCUCCGUCACCAGCCAUCUCAAACAUCCAGAGCCGCUUCAAUGCGCCGUCUGCAUCUCCGAUUUCAACUCCGACGACACCCUCCGUCUCCUCCCUCAAUGCAACCAUGUCUUCCACCCUUCCUGCAUCGACGCCUGGCUUUCCGCCCACUCCACCUGCCCUGUCUGCCGCGCCAAUCUCAACUGCAGCUGCCAUGGUACCCCUGAUUUCGCGAUCUGGGUUGAUAAGGAGGACAGCGUACGAGAAUCUCCGAGGUGUGAGGUUUGUGAUGAGGAAGGUAAAGGGGGUCUGAAAAAGGCGUUGAAAUCGAAGAAGCUUCUGAGGUCGAAUUCGACGGGUCAUUCGCUGGUGGAAGAAGGGUCGUGUUUGGAGAGGUAUACUCUGAGGGUGCCAGAGGAUGUGAAGAAGUGUAUUAUGAGGAAUCAUGGUGAGAUGUUGCAGCGUUCGGCAAGCUUCAAUGGGAGAUCGGUGAAAGGGUUUUGCUGGAGUGAUAGUGAAGGGAGUAGCAAAGGGAUCAGGAGGAAUGGCAUUAGGUUUGGAGGUUCUGGUUCUGCUGCAGUGAAAAGUCCUAGUGAAUCCAGGUAGAAUGACAAAGAAGAUGAAAAAUGAAAUUAAUUGUUGUUAGUUUAAUUAGACUUGGUUGAAUAAAUGGGUAAUUUGAAUGGAAAUGAACUCCAGGAGGUUCUGUGAUGCUCUAUGAUAGUCAUAGAUGAAUGCAUGAAGCAGAGGACUGAGUUUUUUUUUUUGUUAGGUGAAGAUUGAGGUUUUUUGUGAUUUUUUUUAAAUCAAAAUAUAUUGAUAGAUAU